CUCCAGACAAAGCACGCACAGACACAACAACAACUAAGAAGAACUAGUUCACGCCGCAACACAACAACACUCCCAUAUUCACCUUUUUUCUCUCAUCGGAGAGAAUAGGGUGGCGCAUGCACACACCACUUUUUUAUGAUCUCUCUCUCUCUCUCUCUCUCUCUCUCUCUCUAUAUAUAUAUAUAUAUAUAUAUAUAUAUAUAUGUUCACUAUCACACGUUAUAUAAUGCAUAGAGGGACACAUAAGCCACCAAGCCAAACCUCAGAGUCUCACACGUUGUAGAGCUGCAUUCAUAGGAAUCUCAAAUCUCAAUGGUCCUGAAAAGGAACCAAGGGUGGUGUGAGAGGAGCACAUUCAAUGUAGAUGUUUUUGGUUUUUGAGUUUCUGGGAGUGGAGAUCAAGUUGGCCCGAGAUCUUCAAUCUGUUUGAUUGUUGCAAAGUGUCAUCCUUUCUUCUGAUUGAUAUAUCUUUUGGUAGUGUGACUUCAACUUGGUUUAUCUUUUUGUCAUUGAGAAAUGUUGACUUGCAUAGCGUGUACCAAGCAACUCAACAAUGGAUCUCUUCGCCAAGAAGAGGGGGAAGAAGCUGUUCACACUCCCAGCACCAAGCAAGCCAUCAAGGCUCUCACUUCUCAGAUCAAGGACAUGGCAGUGAAGGCUUCUGGGGCAUAUAAGAGCUGCAGGCCAUGUUCAGGAUCUUCAAAUGGUAACAGGAAUAGGAAGUAUGCAGACUCAGAUAUGGGGUCAGAUUCAGCAAGGUUCAACUGGGCCUACCGAAGAACCGGGAGCUCCAAUUCAACCCCAAGGAUGUGGGGGAAGGAAGUGGAAAAUGGUAGGGUGAAAGGGCUUUCAAGUGGAGAAGGAACACCAGCAUCAGUGAGUGGACGAACUGAGUCAGUGGUGUUCAUGGAGGAGGAUGAGCCUAAGGAGUGGAUUGCACAAGUUGAGCCUGGUGUGCUUAUUACUUUUGUUUCAUUGCCUCAGGGAGGGAAUGAUCUCAAGAGGAUACGGUUCAGUCGUGAAAUGUUUAAUAAAUGGCAAGCUCAGAGGUGGUGGGCAGAGAAUUAUGACAAGGUCAUGGAAUUGUACAAUGUUCAAAGGUUCAAUCAGCAAGCAGUUCCUCUUCCAACCCCACCUAGAUCUGAAGACGAGAGCUCAAAGAUUGAAUCUGCUAGGGACAGUCCUGCCACUCCUCCACUCAGCAAAGAACGUGCACCCCGGCAUUUUCACCAUCCAAUGGGAAUGGGCUACUCCUCAUCAGAUUCACUGGAUCGCCACCAAAUGCAACCCCACCCUUGCUAUGAAACAAGCGGUCUGGCAUCAACACCUAAUCUUUCCAACAUUAGUGCACCAAAGACCGAAAGAUCAUCCCUUGAUGGUUCUGUAAGGACCAGUUCAUCUGGAGAAGAUCACUCGGGCGAGUUUUCAAUCAGCAAUGCCAGUGAUAUGGAAACUGAAUGGGUUGAACAGGAUGAACCAGGAGUAUACAUCACUAUCAGAGCACUGCCAGGUGGAACCAGAGAACUCAGACGUGUCCGGUUCAGCCGAGAAAGGUUUGGAGAAAUGCAUGCGAGAUUGUGGUGGGAAGAGAACCGUGCUAGGAUACAAGAACAAUACUUGUGAUGACUGUGACUGUAGAAGAGUCUUUACACAGACAACUGCUUCAGCAGGCUAACACGGUACAGCUUGAAAGCUUUACAACAGUGUUGGGCAUUCUAGAUCCAGUUACCUUCUUUCUGGUGGAUAAUUUGCAUGUAACUGCAACUUUCAACUUUGUAAUUGUAGUUCACUUUAGAAGUGGAGAAAUGCAGGUGUUGGGAAAUACUAAACUAUGAUAGUGAUAUUUUAGUUUUAGUUAACUUGUUCCUUCCUUUGUCAUUCAAAUGUUUUCCAUCUUGUAUGAAUUUUGAACUAUUCCUAGUGAGAUAACAAGUUUGGUUCUCUCAAAAUA